AUGUCAGAUAUUCUGGAAAAGGUAGCUGAAGAGAUCUACAAGUACAAAGGCUACCCAACAGAUGCUGACUUCAGUGAUGUUGCCGAAGCACUAAUCAGGAAGCAUCCAUGCCUCUCUGAACCUGGUUCAUACAAUGGUUGCUACGGGUGGAAGCAGCGACUGAAGACAAAAAUGGGCAACUACCGAACUCAGCUAAGGCUCAUCGGGUGUUCUGAACUACUUGCAAAUUCACUGAAGUCCAAAGCUCCAGGGGAUGCUUUGCCAGCAAAAAACAUUAAGCGACCUAGGAGGGGAGAGGCCAACCACAUACCUGACCUUCCAACUGGAGAGACCCCAGACAAAUUGGAAGAUGAGAGACUGUCACUUUUAAGUGAAGUGCGGAAGCGAAACAAUCACGCAGUGAUAAAGGACAAAAUGGACAAAACAUUUUCACUGCGAAGGCAGGAAAUUGUGGGAAAGGAAACUGGAGUGGAAGAGUUGAAGGCGAGAUGGCCAGCGUUGUUCACUGUGGAUGAAAUCGGUGCUGAAUUCAUGAGAAUUACAACUGUUCCACUUCAACCGCGAUUCCUGGCUUCCUUGGACAAGCAGCACAGCAAGCUGAUUGAGAUCUUCAGAGACAAGGGAGGAGCUGUCAGAGAGAAGACUCGGGACAUACUGAAAGUUCUUGAUCAGAGCCUCGAGGUGAAUUUAAAACGAGAGUGUCUGCUCAAGGGCCUUACCAUCUACCUUGGGGAAGAUGUAGGCAAACUCUUCAAAGAGUAUCUGGUUGACGAAAUGGAUAAAGCGGAACAAGAGCUUGAGAGGUGUACCAUGGCCGUGUUUGUCAUCAGGGAGGAGAAGGAUCCUCUCCAGCUACCACGUGACAUUGGGAUCAUUAUCGAAGGCGUCAAAGUCCUCAGUGAGUUGCCAUCACUCGCACAUGGAUGUGCCAUGUUAUUUGGCCUCAUCUAUGCUCUAAACUUGAGCUAUCCAAAAGAGUUAAAACACACCUUUGAUGCCCUGCAGAAAAUAUUCAUGGAGAUAGAACCAAAGAAAAUGACACGCAGAGUGUAA